AUGAUGAUUGUGAUUUGCUUCAUUUGCUUCCGCUGCUCUGCUGUGUGCUCCAUGCUGCUGUUCCCUGUAUCCGUCACUUGGCACGCAUCCCAGACACACUCAUAUGCACUACACGCAUACAACUUUUUUGCGUGGACGCAUUUUUGGGUGCGUGUGCAUGCACACUGGAGCCAUUCGAUGCAGCCCCUUGUUUUUUGUGUGUUUUUGCAUUUUUUACUUCAUUGUUGUUUUUUUACCUGCGUUUUGUUUCUAAUUGUGUUUUUGUGUUUUUUUCUGUUUGCUUGCUGCGGGGGCUUUGUGUGUUUUUGCCCUUUCACUGAUUCCAUCUGUCUCGUGGUGUGCGCUGCUGCUGCUGCUGGGGUGCUGUCAUUUGUUGCUGUGCGGUGGUGUAGCGGCUGUGUCUCCUUUUGUUUUCUAUGCUUUUGCAGUUCGGCUCCGCAGCGUUAG